CCGCUCUCUCUGUCUCCACGUUUCUCCUCUCUCUCUCUCUCUCCCCCUCUCUCUCCGCCUUCUCGCUUUGGAUCUCUCCAACACUGAUAGAGAGAGAGAGAGAGAGUCAGAACGAGGAGAGAGAAAGAAGAGAGAGAGAGAGAGAGAAUGGUUGCGUUGAGGGCGGUAGGGUUCGCUGCGGAGCAGGAUAAGGAGUGGAACGGGAUCUCGUGGUGGGAGGAGAUGGACAGCUCGGUGGAGUGGCAGCGGGGGCUCUUCUACGCUCUCUGCGCCUCUUACUCCCUCGUCUCCCUCAUCGCUUUGGUACAACUUAUCCGCAUUCAAUUAAGGGUACCAGAAUAUGGCUGGACAACGCAGAAGCUCUUCCACUUGAUGAAUUUUCUUGUGAAUGGAUUACGGGCAAUUUUGUUUGGGCUUUAUCAUAGUGUGUUCCUUCUGAAGCCGAGAGUUCUCGAGAUGGCACUUCUAGAUUUUCCUGGUUUGUUGUUUUUCUCAACGUACACGUUGCUUGUUCUGUUCUGGGCUGAGAUAUAUCAUCAGGCCAGAAGCCUUCCAAUUGAUAAGCUUAGACCUUCGUACAUGAUAAUCAACGGGGUUGUAUAUGGCAUACAGAUCUGUAUCUGGAUAUAUGCACAAGUCAGCCCGAAGCCAGUUGCUAUGGAAAUUGCUAAGCUAUUUUUGGCAGCGGUCUCGUUCUUUGCUGCUCUUGGGUUCUUGAUUUAUGGAGGAAGGUUGUUUUUUAUGCUGAGGCGCUUCCCAAUUGAAUCUAAAGGCCGUCGAAAAAAGUUGAACGAGGUUGGUUUUGUGACUGGAAUAUGCUGCACAUGUUUCUUAAUAAGGUGCAUUGUGGUCGCUAUUUCUGCGUUUGACAAGGAUGCUGAUGUUGAUGUCUUGGAACAUCCUGUCCUGAACUUUAUCUUCUAUAUGUUGGUAGAGAUUCUUCCAUCUGCUCUUGUGCUUUUCAUCCUUCGGAAGCUUCCUCCAAAACGAGUUUCAGAUCAGUACCACCCUAUAAACUGAAUUAGACGCGCUCAGAGUAAUUAAAAGUGCAAUGAGCUCCGGUAGCGUCGUCAUUGUAAAAUAGCAUCCAAUUCUGGUCACUAAUAGCUGAUGUCUUGUAUUUGGGUAAUGAUUGGUGCUGAAGUGCUUUCUCCUUUUUCCCCCUGUUUAUUUUAGAAAUAACAUGCACCUGACUGUACGGUUCGCUUAUUAUGCUUGUGAUGUAAUAGACAGUAAAUAAAAAUUACUCAUGAGUAGAGGUUCAAUCGGUUCUUGCAAA